GCAGUUCGCAGUCCGCACGUGAAAGUCUGUCUGUGCUGCCGUUGUUUUUAUUUUUUCUAUACGUGCACAAUAUUCUUAUUAAUUAGUCUGACUGGCGUUAGUACUUUGUAAAAAUAUACCUAGCUAUCUCAAAUAAGGACAACAACGCUGCCAAUAUUGAUGAACUAUGGAAAUUGAGCAUGCUGUGAAUGUGAAGCUCCUAUUCUUUGCUCAAUCCAAGGAACUGGCCGGUACCAAAGAAUCCACCAUCUUACUGCCAAAGAAGAUCAGCUACCAACAGCUUCUGAAUACCAUUGCCGAGAAUUUUAAUCUCCAGGCUAUAAAGAACAACAUAUUGCUGGCGAAGAACGAGGAAGUCUGUGAUGAAAGUUUGGAUAUCGAGAUCAAUGAGAGGGAUCACAUCGCUGUGAUACCGCCACUCAGUGGGGGCUAA